AGCGUUGCGUUGUACCGUACAUAACUCAUUCAAGAUUUCAAGUGCAAAUGUGAUUGACUUUUUCAUCUGCUUCUUCCUUCCGAGUCUAUAAGAAAGCUGCAUAAAAGAUCAUCUCCUUCAGUUGCACUCCAAUUUGCAACUUGGCUCUAGAAAAUACUUCUUCCAAUAUUUAAAUUAUUUAUUUAUCCCGAGUCAAGCACCACUCUAGAAAGUUUUCAGUUUUUAAAAGACCACAUUAAAGCUUAGGCAGUGAUAAAUAAAGUGAAUACGAUUUUGUGAAUUGGAGAAAAUAACCUGGAACCAGUUUUGUGCAAAUUUCCCACAUUUGUUUGUUAAGCAUCGUGCCUGACAUAUUAAAAAAGGACGGUUCGUCAAGGUCAUCAAUUCUGAACGAACAAAAUGCACAACUCAAGAAUUUCACUCUUACUCAUCGUCACCCUCGGUACCGUAUUGGUGGUUAAUGGUCAACGUGGAUCACCAAUAUCAAGCUAUUUUGGUCGUGGAUCCCCCUCCCCACCCACGCAAGGUUUAGGAUACCCACAACAAUCACAGGCUUACUCGCCUUAUGGCAAAAAACCGGGGAAGUCCACCGGUCCGAAUUUGAUUGGAUGGUUGGGAUCGCAAAUGGCGAAAUUUCCAUCGUUCACUAGGUCUGCUAGACCUUCGAAUCCUUUCCCACAACAAAAAUAUAAGCAGCAAAUUCAUGGCGGAGGAGGAGGUGGAAAACUGCCAGUAAUCUUUUCGUCUUCAUCCUCAAAAUAUGGAGGCUCAUCGGUCAACUCUAUUCACGGGGGAGGAGGAGAUGUCUCCCAUAUUUACAUGCCGCCCGGUUCCACGACCCCUUCAGCUUCGAUGACGCCACAAAAUACCAUUUUCCAAAUAAUUUCUGCCGAUGGGUCGAGCAGAUAUCAGGCCAGUCCGCCUCCAGGGUAUGAAAACUUUUUCAGUGGACAACAACCAGGAGGAUCGUCACCUCAACAAAGCCAAUUUUCUCGUUCACCCCCAACUCCUCCACAGAGACCAAGCUUACCCGUCCACUCGAUGGACCAAGUGGUCCAACAGCAAGGACAAUUCGGCCAAGUCGUGUACCACAGUGCAGGACAACAGCCCCUUUAUGGUGCCAAGGCUGCCGGGAAUAUUGAGCUAAUCCCGUCAAAAAUGGUAUCCUAUGAGAAGCAGGUUCUUUCCACGGGGCAUCCUGAAUACCAAGCGUCCUUGGAUGGGAUGGUUACCUCGGCGUCAAAUGGUUAUCCGGUGUAUUAUCAGCAACAACAGCAGCAACAGCAACAACAGCAAGUGCAACAACAAGUACAAUAUACUCACCCCAGUCUUCCAGGAAAUUAUGAAUACAGAGGACAACAAGUGCAAAGAAUCGAUGAAAACUUGGGGUCAAUGUUGAACGGCGUUUCCCCCGAUAUUGCCCCAAUCUACGACUUAUCUUCUCUUCACGGACAAGAGCAGCAACAACAGCAACAAGUCGCUCCAUCCCAUCAGGAACCAAUUUAUGUUCAACCCCCACAACAACAGCAGUACGCCUCCCCCGAUAACCAAGACAUGCAGGCCGACUACUCCCACCAAUCCGCUGCCAUGUCUGUGGUCCAACCACCCUCCAACUUCCAAUAUCAAGGUGUUCAACAACAAUCUCAACAAGACCUUCAAGUAGCAGAGAGCAAUAACCAGCAGCAACAAGUUCAGAUCGUGAACCAUGGUGCGGCCGAUGGGAAUCCGACAUUCGAAGUUUUUGCAGAUGCGAACGCUCCCACGUACGAUGGUGGUCAUCCUUUCGACAUUAACCAACUCAUUUCCAUGAUUGAGCCUGGUGCACAAGUGGACCCGAAGGACAUUGUUUCCGAGGAUCAAGAGAAUGCGGCGAGUAACAAUCCAGCCUAUGCCGCAUCACAACAACAAGAGUUCCUUCCACAAUACGACCCGACCCAAGUACAACAAUGACAACAAACGUACCGACAAGACGACUAACGUCACCACCACCACUCAAAAUGCGCCAAAUAUUAAAUUUCCAAACGACGAUGACAAGGACCUUUAUUAUUAUCACGAUUUUACAACCAUCCCGACUGAUUCGGACGGCACUAAAUUAAGAACGACUAGUAGUAGUAGUAGCAGUAGUACAAACUUAUCAUCCCGACCCCAUUAUUCUCGCCCCACUACUCGUCGUCGAAAACUAAAUAUUGUUACAUCACCCUCCCCGACCCUAGACAAUGACAGCGACAACAAUAACAACAACAAUCACCACCAAAAUUACAUAUACAGCCGACCUUUAUCAAGUAUAAUAUCCGGUUCGGGAGGAUAUCCCGUAAAUCCGCUCUUGGACUCGGUCCUCUCCACGGAUAAUGAGUCCGAGGGGAAAUUAAAUGGUGGUGGUGAUAAUGACCAAGAGGAAAGUCGACAAGUUUACCAAUACGCGAUAACAGUCACGCCUCCCACACACAUGUUUGAACAAGAGUUAACAGACAAAGAGAAACGCAGAAAGUUUAACAAAAGUAGAAAUAGCACGGCCAUAACGGACAUAGUUUCGAUGAGUGUUCUCAACUCGACUUCCAUUAUUUCAACGUCAGGUCAUAUCACGACGAGUUCGCCAAAACGGUUCCCUGUAUACGAAAGGCAGAAAUCAUCAUUGUCAGCUUAAUUAAUAGUAAACAUUUAUUUAUUUUAUGUACAGUAGGAAGUAAAUAGAAGAAUGAGCUUGCUGGGGGACUUUUUCUUCAGAAUCUACUUAUCUUAGAUGGCUCACUAUAUACCUAAAUAUAGAAACGUACACUGAAAAAUCUGAAAAAAUCCGGUGUAGAGGCACAUAUGUACUCCGUGCUGGUAUUGAUUUGGUAACAACUUCCUACCGGAUUGGUAAUAGUUUGUUUCUGCGUAGUAAAUUUUUCAGUGCCACAAAUGGUAAUACUCGUUAUUACCGUGGAGUCAUAUGCGUACUCCGGCCAGGAUUGAUUUAAUACCAGUUUUCUAACCGUGUACGUCCCAUUUUUGCUUGAAUCCUUAUCUUCGAGCUUUAUUUAUUGCAGGAAAAUACAAAAUAUAACACAUUUUCAUACAUACCCGAUAUUUAUUAUUAGCGAGAAUAAAAUAAAUAAAAAACUAA